AUGCGUAAUUGUCGUUCUGCCACUUCCGCUCCGUUUUAUCGCGAAUCUUACGGGAAUCGAUUAUUUGCUCACAAUCGUUAUGAUUCAUUAACAGAUGCUGAAAAUGCUGAUGAUUGGUUAAAGUUUCAAUUGAAAAAAUUGAAAGCAAAACGGGAAAAUAAUCCGGAAAUGUUAAGACGAAAACGACAGGAAAAAUUACUUCUUGAGGAAUUAAAACAUGUAAAUGAUGAUAGGCAAAUGACACGUGAAAAUGAUGAACGUACGUAUAGCCUAGAAAGUUACGGACAAUCCGUUGAUCCAUUAACUGAAUAUCGUGUAGAAGAGGAACGUUUACAAAAUAUACGUAUACCAUAUCAUGAUAAUAAUGAUAAUAAUCGGAUAACUACAAAUGAAUCAGUUAAUUGUAUUCGAAAGAUAGACUCAAACAAUUUAUCAACUUCAGCUUUACCACGAAAGCCUUCUGAUAUAAUCAAACAUAAGCCACCAACACCACCAUUACGACCUCGUUCACAAAGUCCAUCAUCAAGUCCAUAUCCAAGACGACAUCGUAUUAGGCCAGCUUAUCAAGAAUCACAAUAUCAACGUGAACGAAAUCAAAUUAAUCGUAGUGAUAGUAUCGAAAAUGAUAUUGGUGAUUUUGAUGAUAACGAAUUCAGUCAUUUGAGCAAUAUCAUAAAAUGA